GAAGGGCAGCGGUGGAGUUCUCAUUGGGGUGAGAUCGGAUCUUGCAGAUGCCAGGCAGAUUCGAUGGCAUGAGGUGGAGCCAGGACGUAUUUUGCAGGUGCGAUGCUUUCUGAAUUUGCAGCAGAUGGACAUAGUGGGGGUAUACCAACAUGCGCUCUUGCAGACGGCUGGCCAAACCGACCACAUCCUGGAAAGUAGACGCAAACUGCUGACAAAACUAGAUCAUCUCCUUUCUGCGCUACCCGCGAGAUCGCAGAUCCUUCUGGGGGGAGACCUUAACUCGAGCGUGGUCACGGAAAACAAAAUCAGUGGCUUUGGGUUGAUUCAGAAGGAUCUGAGCGAGAAGGAAAAGGUUGACAGGGACCACCUGAUGAGAAUAAUGCAGAGGCAUCGUCUGGUCUUGCUCAAUACAUGGGGCAAGAAGAACACUGCCGCGACGUACAUGCAUGCCAAGGGAGCCAGUCAGAUUGACUAUGUUUGCGCUAGGCAAGCUGUGGCGGAUGGCAUCGCCAAGUGCACCGGGCCGCGGACCACAGAGAUGGCAGGAUGGCGCAAGACGGGGCACAAGCCAAUUAUUGGUUCAAUUCCUCAUCGCUGGACACCAUGGCAACAGCCUCGGAGGGGGAGCUCAAACCUGAACAGCGUGACAAAGAGGAGAGAAAACCUGAAGGGCCUUCAAGUAUGCGAGGAUAAUGUCAUUCCCUGCAGUGUCCGUGAGUUACGAUCGGCAGUACAAGAGGCGGGGGGUGAUGCACCGCAGAAAGUGGUCAUGCCGGAACUAGCGCCGGUUGAGGCGACUGUCAAAGAUUGCUGGAAGCUCCGACGGAAGAUGAUGCUUGUUCAGACGAUGCUAGGGGCAGGAAUUUUCUUUGUCUUCCGUUUCUUUAAGAUCAGACUUCAGUAUCAGAAGGCACAUCGUGAACUUAAGAAGGCCCUUAGGGCGAGGAAAAGAGCGAGGACACUGGACUUGCUGCAGCAAGCGGAGCAGGCGGCCUGCAAUAAUGAUGUUCGUGCACUAUUCGGUGUUGUUUCUUUGCUGUGCCCCAACAGACAUUCACAAAAGAUUCGUCUCAGGGAUAAGGAUGGGAACUUGAUGUGCGGAGCAGACGAAUGCAAAGCCCUUGCUGACUAUGCUCGUGAAUUGUUCAUGGCGCCGGAAUGCCCAAGGAUGGCUCUGCUCAGAAUCCCAGCAGACGAGCUCCGUCUAGAGAGAUGGCAGCGGGCAGCGAGCAAGCUGAAAGCUGAGAAGGCGGCCCCGAACGGCACCCCUCCUCUUAGGAAUUGGAGCCAGAAUCGCGAGCUCAUAAUACCGGUGUUGCAUCAGAUCGCGGUCCGCAGUCUGUGUCGAGAGAAUCCGGUUGUUCCACCGGAGUGGACGGAGGUGCAGCUUGCUUGGUUGGCGAAACCGAGAAAGUGCCCCAGUACGCCGGCGAAUCUGAGGACGGUUGGGCUUAUGGCGGGGGACACGAAAAUCUUCAUGUCGGUGCUGAAGGAAGCUGUAAAUGAGAAGAUCAUGGAGGGAUUAUGGGACGUCCCCCAAUUUGCAUACAGACGAUUGUCCAGUACGAUUGAUGCAUUGCUCAGGGGUAGUCUUCAUUGCGAUCGAGUCCGACUUCUCACAGGCCAGGUGAGCACUGAUCUCACCACCAAGUUAACCGCGGGUAAUCUUCCGGAGCUCAGUGGGGGCUUGAUGAUCAGUCUGGAUUUGGCUAAAGCUUUUGACUGUAUGCCAUUCACAGUGAUGUACACGAGCUUAAGAGAGGUUGGGGUUUCUGAUGAAUUGGCACGGCUGGUUGUGGAAACGCACAGGGUUGUCCUUUGGCUCCGAGUGUCUUCACGGCGUGGACUAUUCAUCUUUGCCGAGCGCUUGGGGCUGAGUGGUGUCGUGAACAUGUUAGUCUUUUCGCUGAUGAUGUUCAUGGUCAAUGUCGACAAAUCGGAAGCCGUUCUUCUUCUUCGUGGCAAGGCAGCCUGCGUGGUACCAGCAUUGCUUUAUGGCAUCAUCGGAGUCGGGGUCACGGCUUCUAGCAUCCGCAUAGUGGAGUCGAUCCUCACACGGAUGCUGCGCAAGGUGUUGCGGGUGUAUGAGCAUGGUGUUUCCAAUCUUCAGGAGCUGGACCGGGUUGAGCUACUUCCCAAGGCGGGGCUUGUUGAAAUUGACAGGCGCACUUCACUGCCAAACAUGCGCAUGUACACCUGGCAAUCUAUGUACGACUGGGCGUCAAUGGAGCGGCACAUCACUGAAGGCAGCACCCCCGAAGCAACCGGCGGCAAGGGAUACAUGGGAGGCAAUCUCACAUUACAAGACGAAGUGCGUACUUUGCGGACAGGAUGCCAUCUCGGGGGCUCGCAGCAUGAAGGCGGCGUUCUCCAGGUCAUGGCGGUACGCAAGCUCUUCACUGAUGGAGUCUUGGAGGAACAUCUCCAUUCCAGGCGGCGACCGGCUCAAAAGCAGCGGGAACAGGAACCUAAAUACAAAAUGAAGGAGAGAAAGAACAUCAAGGAGCUCCUUCGUGGCGCGCAGACUGCUUCCUCUACGGGACCCAAGGAGAAUCGCCCCCUCAUCACCAAGACCCCUGCGGUCAAGCAUCCAGUUGAUAGGGUCAGUAGCAGAGCUUCGGACACGAGUGCUAGGAGCGAUGCGGCUGAAGCUACGAGUGCAUUGACAGCAAGGCUUGUCAAUCCACACAACCUGUGCUACAUGAACGCAGGCAUUCUGGCUAUAAUGCAUGCUUUGGAAGACCUGGAACCUCCAAGAGGUUUUCGACUGCUCCGAGACACGAUCAAGCAGAGUGCAUGUGGCGAGCUCAAUCUCUCGACACAUUUUGGGCUUCGGUCGAUUUUUCAGGGCUGGACUCUUGACAACCGACAAAGGGAUGCCGCGGAGUUCAUAGGAUUUCUGCUGAACAAGGUGGGGUUUGUGCAGUCGUCAUGGGAGGCUAGAACGAUGUAUCGGGAAGUCCACAACACCGUCGAUGCAGGUGGUGGCAUGAUCUUUCUCGAUUUGCCCAGCGGGGACUGCGAUCUUCAGGAGCUGGUGAGUUUCCUCACAGAGGCAAAUCUCACGUACAGGUCUGGUGCACUACGGAGAGACACCUCAUUCCGGACAUUAUCGCUCGGUUCUCAGAGUGCAGGCCUCAUGACUGAUGCGCUGGAAGUGCCGAUGGAACAGGAGGAAGAGCUUCGAAUCUGGGCAGCCUUUAAACAGGCAGCUCCCACCGCCAUCACGGGAGACCAGGAGGAAGCCCUGGACAAGGAUCGAGCCUCGAAGUUUCACAAACCAGAGGGUAAAGGAGACUCCAGAGGGCCCGAGAACAAGGGUGCUGACUCCAGGGGUUCUGCUGGUGACGCUGGGCCCGGACACCAGAGCAGGAAUCCGCAGGGCUAUGGCUCCAAGGGCCAUGGCCAGGGAAGUAACCAGCGUUCGCGCCACCAAGGUGGAUGGGGUGGAAACAAAUGGCACAACUGGAAGAAGGAUGAGGAUGACGACCUGGAAACGCUGAGGUCGUUGGUCAGCCAGUUGGCGAGGCUCUGUCUUCGUCACGAGGAUUCCAUCAACAUGUGGAGGGCGGAGAGCUCAUAUGUGCUGUUCGUGCGCACUGGAAUUCCUGGAAGCUUGGUGCCGUCGCUGUUCGCAGCAAAGACGGAAUGGCAGAAGCUUCGAGAGGCCAGCCCGGAAAAGGUUAAGAGGCCCAUGCGGAAUAUGCUUUUCAGCUGCCUGCUAAAGGAGAUGUUCGACAGACUGACGUUGCUGCGUAGCGACACAUCGCGGAGAGAGAGCAUGGAAAAACUUGGAUGGCUGAAGGGGGAAGAUUUCCAGCGGUUGCGAUGGGAUCCCAAGUUGAAGAAGAAUGUGAAGGAUGAAGAAACGUCGGUGAUCUCGUACGAGGAUGUGUUGACGGUGCUUCAAUCUAUGCUGACUCGAUGCAACACGGUGGAGGCGCUUCUAAGAUUCCACCCGACCAGGCCAAUUGCGGAGCAGAUGCAGGAGGGCACGGUGGCGUUUCUGUUGCAGUUCUCGCUGCAAAAUGACGCGGGGCUACAGCUCUAUGCGGACAUGGCCCAGCUGUGUCACUGUGGCUCAAUGGUUUGUGGCAUUGAGGUGAAGAAGGAAAGAAGCACCAGAAGUCAGCUGGCAAAUCAAAUCAGCCGCUUGUUGAAUUCCAUGUGA